CUGUUUCUUCCUUCCUCUGGGAUAUGUGUGUGUAUGAUGGAAGUGUGCUUUCUCUUCUAUUGUAUCUGUCCUUUGGUUUUUAUUAUUAUUAUUAUUAUUAUUAUUAUUAUUAUUAUUAUUAUUAUUAUUAUUAUUAUUAUUUGGGGGAGGUGUUGUUUCUAUUUAGUUUCUUUUUUUCCUUUUUAAAGAAAAAUAGUUUUUAUCAUUUUUUUAAUUUCUUUUUUUCUUUUAAAUAUGAAGAAUUAAUGAGCUCUUUCUUGUAAAAACAACCACUGGAGGAAUAAGCCUCUGAUAAUUAUUGGCAAAGAGUUUUCAUACCUCCUCGGAGAUACCAUUUUUGUAGGAUUGAGGAAUGCAUACUCUAUACAGAAUGGAUAAUAAUACAUCAGGAGUAAAUUCUGCCAAUUGAUUUUGUUCACUGAAAAGAAGGAUAAAUAAAUGAACUUUAAGUAGAGGGUAUUAUGUAGUCCAUAUCUUCAUGUUUAUUUCAAGAGGUAAGAUGAAUAAAUAAAAAUGGAGAACCAAACUGAUUCAUUGGUCUUCCUUUUUGUUGGAUUUUCCAAUGAUCCUCAACUACAGAUCUUUCUUUUCCUGAUCUUUUCAAUCAUUUUUCUACUCACGAUGUCAGGAAACAUCACAAUAAUUUUGAUCAUUAGAAUGGAUCCUUCCCUCUCCACACCCAUGUAUUAUUUCUUGUCUCAUUUGUCCUUUGUUGAUGUCUGUUACUGUACAGAUAUUGUUCCUAAGAUGUUAGUGAACUUUCUUAUGAAACAUAACAAAAUUUGCUUCACCAACUGUGUUAUGCAAAUGUUUUUCAGUCUUCUAUUAAGUGUUACAGAAGUUUUUAUACUCUCAGCAAUGGCAUAUGAUAGAUACACUGCUGUUUGUCACCCACUUCAUUACAUAAUGAUCAUGAAUAAAGCAUUAUGUACUUAUUUGGUUAUUGGAGCAUGGAUAAUGGGCUUGUUGUUUGCAAUCAUAAACACAGUUCCCAUAUUUGGUAUACAGUUCUGUGGCCUUUCUGAAAUUAAGCACUUCAGCUGUGAACUUCCACCAUUAUUGAAAGCAUCUUGUUCUGACACUUUUCUUAAUAAUGGGAUUCUUUUAUUUUCUGUAUUGGCUUUUGGACUUGGUUCCUUUUUACCAACUUUGAUCUCCUAUAUUCACAUUAUCAUCAGCAUUAUGAAGAUCCAUUCUGUAGAGGGCAGAAGAAAAAUUUUCUCUACCUGCAGCUCUCAUCUCAUUGUUGUGGGUUUGCUAUACAUGACUGGAAUGUCUCAAUACAUGAAAGCCAGCAGUGUAUCUUCCAUUACGCUGGAUGAGCUUUUUUCUAUUCAGUACAGCAUUUUGACCCCCAUGUUGAACCCAAUUAUCUAUAGUCUGAAAAAUAAGGAAGUGAAGAGGGCACUUAAAAGAAUAUUUACAAAAAGGUAGAAUGCUAGAAUUGUUUUUAUGCCAGUGUUGCUUUAUUUUGUAGACAUUUUUAUUGAGUUUAUGUUAGAACUGCUGUAAAUUAUGUUCCUAUAUUAUCAUUGUUUCAAAAAGGUUUUGAGUUACUCAUGAGAAACCUAAGCUUUGUUAUUCUACUUUAGUGAGUUUAGGGCUUACAUGUUAAACUUAUUAUUAUUUCAUGUGAACACUUUCAUUAUCACUGUCCAUUCUAUGUGUGUAUAGAUUUAAGUGUUUGUCAAUUGGGCUUCUCUGUUUUGAUGGCCAUUUAUUUUUCAAAGGAUAUCUUGCUUCCACUCAAUGCAUGUUUUUAUCUCUUGAUUAAAAUUUGAAAAGUCUCAAUUUAUACCCUAAAUAUAUAAAGUGCAUUAUCAACUGAUAAUUUAUGACCUAAUUCUUUAGCAAAUUCAUAUGUAUAUUUUAUGAGCUUGCCUGGAUCUUUUUUAUCCAUUUUUCCCCCAAUAUGUUUUUAAGCUGGUAAAGAUUAGUGAAUUGCAAACUCAGAGUGUGAGGAUGUUUCCAUAGUGAUAAUUCUUUCUUUUGGGGACAAUUCUAGCCAUUUUUUUCCCUUUUUGGUAUAUUCUGAGAGAUAUUAAAUAAAUAAAUAAAUAUUAAUUAUCCCUAAAAGAAUGGCUACAUAUCUGCUGAAAUACUUUCAUCAGAAUUUACUAGAUUGAAUAAAUUAUAGAAUAAGAAUAUUUUCAUGUGGGUAUAUUCAUACUUUCAAAAGAACUAUUAUAUCCUUUUGCCCUG